AAACUACGAAGACACCUGGGGGAUCAAAAACAACCACGAAACCUCCACCAGGUGUGAAAACUACGAAGACACCUGGGGGAUCAAAAACAACCACGAAACCUCCACCAGUUCAAUGUCCGAAAGGCUCCUACAUGACACCAGGUGGCAAAUGUUGCGAGAAUGGGAAGGUUCUCGUAAAGGGGACAUGCUGUCAACCUGGUACUGAACCGACUGCAGAUGGAAAGAAGUGCUGUCCAAAGGGACAAAAGAUCGUGGAAGGGAAAUGUUGUCCACCUGGUAAUGAAGUAGCAAAUGGGAAAUGUAUGCCUCCGGGAACGCCGAAACCACCAAGACCAACCACGACACCAACACCUGUGUGUCCAAAGGGUGAAUACAAAACACCUUCCGGUAAAUGCUGCCCGAGUGGGACUGAGCUAAGUAAGGGAAAGUGUUGUCCACCAAAUACUGAGCCCGUGUCAGGGAACAAGUGUUGCCCAAAGGGGAAUGAGUUGAUACAAGGGCAAUGUUGUCAACCAGGAAUGAAGGUGGAAGGUGGAAAGUGUGUCAAACCACCCGGAACACCAAGGCCACCCGUCACUCCCAAACCUCCAACCACACUUCCACCAAAGCCAUGUGCAAAGGGCUCAUACAAGACAAAGCAAGGGAAAUGUUGCAAAGAUGGACAAGAAUUCACCAAUGGUUUGUGUUGCAAGAAGGGGCAAGUAGGAUCGGGCAACACAUGUUGUCCAAAGGGAACUGUCGCACAGCAGGGAAAGUGCUGUAAAGCUGGUCAAAGCGGAUCGUGCACCACCGGGCAUACACCUGCACCAACCACUACGACUAGGGAACCCGGCUGCGGGAAGGGAAACUACAAAACAGAGGAAGGAAUUUGCUGCAAAGAAGGAACGUUCUUUUCCAAUGGGAGGUGUUGUCCUAAAGGCCAAGUGUCGACUGGAAACAAAUGCUGUCCAUCAGGGACGAUUCUGGUGCAGGGGCAAUGCUGUCAGCCUGGGCAAACUGUCGCUGGAGGAAAGUGCUCAAAACCGUCAACUCCCGCCCCAACCACCACAAGCAAACCCACUCCACCACCAAUAAAAACAACACCUAGAGAGAACAUCCCCACAGGAAAGCCACCUCCGACUACAUCAGCGCCAACAAAACCAGUUCCAACUCAAUGUCCAAAGAGUCAUUACAAAACCGGAGGUAUAUGUUGCCCAACCGGUAUGGAGUCAAUACAGGGGAAAUGCUGCCCACCGAACACGUUACCGACAACCGAUAAGAACAAGUGUUGUCCAAAGGGGACCAAGCUGACACAAGGGAAAUGCUGUCCACCUGGGAACAAGGUGUCCGGCGGGAAAUGUGAGGUACCGCCAACUCAAGCGCCAGUAGUGACACCCAAACCAACUCCCCCAAUUCCACCACCCACGCCAACAUGUCGAAAGGGAUACUAUAGAACCAAAGGAAUAUGUUGCCCAGAGGGUACAGUUGUAACGAAGGGAAUAUGCUGCCAACCAAAUUACUACAAGGCUGCUGAUAACAAGUGUUGUCCAAAGGGAACCAAACUGACCAGCGGACAGUGUUGUCAACCCGGUCAAACGGUAUCAAGUGGAAAAUGUGUAACUCCACCAACUCCAAAACCAACGGAAAAGCCAAAGCCACCUCCACCAGUUACGACACCUGGUGAGUACGAAUUUUAUCUAUUGAAGUAUGUCAGACACGACCUCUUCUCAUAA